CUACACAUGUGCUCAGACACCUGCACAACUGCAACAUCCUCACUUCAACCAGUCUUGAAAAGCAUUCUCAUUUGCAAAACAGAGUUUUGCAGCUCCAGUUCCCAUGCACAAAUAUACGGGUCUCUGCCAGCCCCAGGAGGUGUGAGAGAAACGUGGCACGCACAUCCAUUUCUUUCAUUUCUUUUGCUUUGUUAUCCCGUGCGAGCCCAUAUCGUUACACGACGGUGUGACUCUGGUUUCCUCCCCAGUUUCUCUCUCUGCAUGGUGCUGGCUGUCUUUGCGUUUUAAUUGCUCUCUCUCCUCCCGCGGCUGAUCAAAAUCACAUCGCUGAAUUCUGCUUUCUUCUUUUUUUCUUUCUGCCAGCCGCUCACAUGCACACAUGGCACGGAGCAGACUGACAUCACUUGACAUCUCCGUGCUUCCUCAUUUCAAUAUUAACUGUUUACCAGAAGAGAAACUGGUUUGGCGCGGGGUUGCUACGUUCACGCGUGCCUCUGUGUGUGAGCAAGAGCUUUUUUUUCCCCUCGCUGUCCCUUCACAGCUAUAGGUCAUUACACCGAGCUGCCUGAAACUGCCUGAUGCUAUUUUUCACCAGCGUGACUUUAGAAGAGACAGCUGUGUGGAUGUGCUCCCCUUUCUGCCUUGGCUGGGGCAUAAGAACAACUGCAAAGCCCGCUGCUGCUGCUGCCAUCUGAGAGCCAACCUGCUGAAGGACCUUUGCCCUCCCCAGGCCGAUAAUAAUGACACAGAUGCAGUUUAAAGAUGCAUUUUGGUGCAAGGAGUUCACCUUACACACUGGCUUUGAGGUGCUUGUACAGCGACUGCUGGACGGGAGGAAGAUGUGCAAAGAUGUAGAGGAUUUGCUCAAGCAAAGAGCUCAAGCAGAAGAGAGGUACGGGAAGGAGCUGGUUCAAAUUGCCCGAAAAGCAGGAGGACAAACAGAAAUCAACACACUGAAGGCAGCAUUCGAGAAGCUCAAGCAACAAAUUGAAAGUGUUGGAAACUCUCAUAUCCAGCUGGCAGGAAUGCUGAAGGAUGAACUGAAAGGAAUAGAGGAGUUCCGAGAAAGGCAGAAGGAGCAAAGGAAAAAGUACGAGUCUGCAAUGGAGCGCAUGCAAAAGAACAAGUUGUCCCAGUAUAAGAAAGCAAUGGAGUCAAAGAAGAGCUAUGAACAGAAGUGCAAGGAGGCGGAUGAGGCUGAGCAGUCCUUCGAACGGAUGAGCGCUUCAGGCAACCAGAAGCAAACAGAAAAGAGUCAGAACAAAGCCAAGCAAUGCAGAGAUGCAGCGCAUGAAGCAGAGAAUGUGUACAAACAGAACAUUGAACAGCUGGAUAAGGCCAGGACAGAGUGGGAACAGGAACAUAUUAAAACCUGUGAGGUUUUCCAGCUCCAGGAGUGUGACCGCAUCACCAUCCUCCGGAACUCGCUGUGGGUUCACUGCAACCAGCUCUCUAUGCAGUGUGUGAAGGAUGACGAGCUGUAUGAAGAGGUUCGGGUAAGCUUGGAGAACUGCGUCGUAGAGUCAGACAUAGACUACUUCAUUAAGAGUAAAAUGACAGGAACACAACCUCCAGGUGCAAUAGGAUAUGAGAACUACUAUGACAGAGAACCAAACAGAAGCAACAGCCCGACCCAGACUUGUGGGAUGAUGAAGAGAUUCUCUGGACUGUUGCAUGGAAGCAGCAAAAACAAUGCUGAAAGAGUCAUUCCUUCAGCCCCUCCUCUCGAGAAAACAGAUGGGGUCUAUGCAGCCAUUUUUGUAAAUGAACAUGAAAGAACUACAUCAUCACAGGACUACAGAGUACUUUAUGACUACACAGCCCAGAACAUGGAUGAACUGGACAUCAAUGAAGGAGACAUCGUAGCUGUCAUUGAAGAAAAUGACAAUGGCUGGUGGACAGCUGAAAGGAAUGGGCAGCGAGGCUUUGUGCCAGGGUCUUAUCUUGAAAAGAUUUGUUGAAGCGUAGCCUCACUCCUUAGACUUUGAAAAUAUUCUACUACUGAAAACGAACAUCAUACAAGGUCUGCUCCAGCUGACCAAGAACAACCCAUUAUACUGCCCUCUACAUUUACCAGUCAGGAAAGAACUGCUUUCAUCUUCCUUCCCACCGAUCUUCUCUCCCCCUCAACAACUUCUGGCUCACGUUGUCUGAAAAAAGCUGUCUUCAUCUCAGAUGAGGACUUCGGUUUCUCACAAAGGUGCUUUCCACUCUCAGCACUGCUGCCAUCAGAAUCUCAAAUCUUGGUGAAUCUGGGAGAAAAACCCUGCUGAGAACUUAACUAUACUAAAGGAAAAAGAAGCUAAUUCUGCUUGUCCAGGAUGGAGGACCACCUCCAGUCAGUCUGUGAGCAACCCUUACCACCAUCGCAGCCAUGACCUUCACCACGGAUUCCCUCUUCUCACUGCACACAUCAUGCAAGUGUUUCUGAGAGCUGAGCUAAGAGCAGGAAGCACACAUACGCAGAAAGCUUCUACAUCACAAGGUCAUCCAUGGCUCUGUUUUGCACUGGAUUCUGGGACAGCCAAAUAAGGGCAGAUGAAGAGCCCAAGGCCUGCUUUUACCUCAGUUGGAUGGUUUCUCUGACACCUUGCUGGGAUUUUUCAUGUUUAAAAAUAGCUUUCUAGCAGUGCUGCCCUGAUCCUGGGAGAGAAGUGCUAGUUGCCUCCACAUGCAGUCUGUGCAGACACGCCUUCAGUGCAUUCUCCUUUUAACUUCUCUGUUCACCCAGCUGAUCCUUUCCUGCCCACAGGCUUUUCAGUCUCUGACUAUCUGCAGCCUCUGCAGCGCUGGGAUAGCUGGCACAGAUUUGGCUGGGUUCCUUCCCAGUGACUUGUAAUGUGCUUCUCCUACAACAAAGCCUCUGCAGAGAAGCUGUGCUGAGCAGGUUCAUUGCACCUCACAGGUUGCAGCUCCAGCAGUCUUGCCAGUCCAGCAUUUAGGAAUGUUUCCAACCAGCACUGUACUUUGCAAGAGAUCAUUAAGUACUUUGUGCCACCUCUCGCUAUUCGGAAAUUAAGCACAGUGAGAGUCGAAGGCACUUGUGUUAUGUUAUUCCAUUCUGGAAUCAAGAAAUGAGAAUAAAAGUUGCUGCAGGCCCUCUCUGUCCUCCUGCACACACAGCACACUUGUCUUUCCCACGCUUGCCCAAGUUACCACGUUGCACAUCUGCAUUAGGGCUCUUAGCAGCUCCCAUCAGCAGAGGCUCAGAAGAACUGCAGGACUUUGAAUGUCAUUUCAUGCACUAGAUUGUACAAACAGCAGUACUCAAACAGGCUGAGGAUGUCAACGACAGCUUCCUGUGACCAAGUCUGAACUGACAGUGCCAAGAGUCCACAAUGACCUCCAAUUAGUUAACUGCACUGUAAAUGCAACUGUCAGACAACUACAAUAGAUCCUUACAUACUGCAUAAGAGGAAACCUUAAGUAUGAAAGAUUUAAUGUAUUUGCUUGAAUACGGGGUCUCUCACAAAGAGAACUGUUUAUCAACCAGCAGAUAUUGAAAUAUUUUUUACAAGCGAUCUUAAUUAAAAUAAGUCUCUAAGAUGCAACUCUUCUAACAGUAUAUGACACAGGGAUUCUGCUAAGACUCCUCACAGGCAGCCUCACACAAGACACUGCAAUACCCAUUCCUGGGUACCUUGAAAUCCUUUUACAGAUUGUCUUUGCCUACAUGAACCAUAUGGUCCACAUCAGCUGACAGACAGAUGGUGACUACUGUAUCUCCCCCAUCAAAGUAUUUCAUAUUUUUGCUGUUAAAUUCAGGAAACUGGUUCCUUUCCUAUCUUUUUUUUUUUUUUUUUUCCAAGUCAAGUUUUCUUCUGUUUGUUACAACUGCAAAAGGCUAUAGAUAUUUCAAAAUCUACCCAUUCUUGUAGCAUUUGGUUCCCACAUGCUAACUGGAGACUGAUAAGGAAAUGAAAAAGCAACAGCAAUGUUUUCUCAUAAUUCAGUUUCUCUGCUUUAUGCUGAAGAAUCUUGCUGAUAAGUAGUUAAUAAGCCAUAUCUAUGCAGCUUGCUCUAUCAGUGUGUCAGCACUUGUCAGAAAUAAAACAAAGAUAUCAAGAAAUACGCACACACUCCCUUAAAACACCCUUUUCAGUGUCAUCCAUUCCAGGCAGUACAGAAAGCAGGAAGGUCAAAUUUAGGGCACUGCCUUAAUAAUAAUGUUGCCUCUCCAGCUUGGUAACUAUUUGGUAACAAAACCAAAGCAUUCAAGAAAUCAUUAGAUUUUCAGGUGAAACUAAAACAGAUCCUUUCUAGUGGCAGGCAUACUUAAACUAAACUCCAGUGUAUUUGGCUGAGGUGCUUUUCUGAUAGACACUUCUGAUAAGGCUCUACCUCCACCCUGACUACCAUUUUUUGGUGAGGAGGUGUCAAGCAACAAGUAGGGCCAUAGCAGCAGUGGCACACACAGCUUUGUCAAGUAAACUGAUUUCACAGCACGUCCACAACAGCAGAUUGCCUCUAUAGCACUCUGGUGCUCUGGAUGGGAUCACACACAAGCAGCUGUUAGCAGACAGUGAGGAACACGCUUUUGCCAGCUGCUCUGCAAAGGGGGGAGCCUAAUUACCCACUUACAACCUAUGGCUAAUAUGUAAAUAGAGUCAAACUAAUUAAAGCAGAUUUGCAAUAACGUUACUGAGCUGUUUUUGAAUAAGCACUGCAGGGUAGACUUCAUUUUGCGCAACUGACAUCAAAUAUUUCAUGCUGAACAAUUUCAGACUUAUAACUGUUAUCUCUAGAAAUUCUUACUAGAUCAUAAGAAGCCAGCAGGCAUCUUCUAUCCAUUAAACAAGACGGGUAAGAAAGACUGAAGUCAUUUCCCACAUAGAUCACAACAGAAUACAAACAAAUUGAGGUUCACACCUGCUGCUCUCCUAGAUGGAGUCUGGAUUUGAGCAGCGCAGUCAUGAGACUGCUAGUAAGAAGUGCAGAGAUUCUACUAUUCCUUUAGCAGAAGCAAAUUUUCAAUAGCUGGAAGCAUGCAACUCAGACCAACAGUACUUUUAAACCAGGCUCAGUUACGUACAUUACUGCCCUUUUACCAUGCUAUUAAUUAAGGAGAAGAAUAGGAAAACCUGGUUGAAUAUGCAAUUAUAAAACACCUGUUAGUGCAGCGAGGCCCAUUAAAGCACAAAACAGAUUUCAGCUGCUGUAUAUACCAUUAACAGCCCACAAGCCCAUUGAAGAACCUUGGUCAGACAAAGCAGUAUUAGACUGGUAACAAGGAUCCUGGAGACUCAGCCAACAAACACAGUUAGGACUUAGUUGCAAAGAAAGGACCUUCUGCCAAGUUUUACAUGUCCAUUACUACACACAGGUAGCUUCUAGCAUUGUUUGCAAGUACUCAACUGAAAGAAAGAAAAAAAA